AUGACUUUCGGCGACCGCAGCAGAAGCUCCCCAUUCGAGCCGCUCCAUCUGACGAAAACACAACUGCAACAGUGCCAAGACCUCACAUGCCAACUACUGGAUCGUACUCUCCGCAGCUAUGACGAACGAAACGAAUGUGUUGAUAGCCACUUGAGUGCUCCAAGACAUCACGCCAACCUAGACAGAAAUCGCUGGAAGCAACUGAAAACCCAGGCGAACGUCUCGCUAUACGCUGAAAGAUCGGACAGUCCGUGGCGUGACUUCCAUUCCCCAGGUAGCAACAGCAGUUUACUCGCCGUGGGAACCAUUCACGACACUCUGAACGAAGUUAUGUUCGGAUUGGAGACUCCAGACUUUGCUGCUAUUCAACUUCGGGCGGAAACACUGUUUAAACACCCCGUAGACGGGGCUGUCUUGGCUCAGUUUGCCGGCCCCACCGAGACCGAUCCGUUUCAGUUCAUGGGUAUCACGUGGAUGACGGGACAGCGGAGCUGGCCACUGAACUUAGUGACGCAGCCUCGAGACUUUAUACUCGCGUCAGCGACCGGUGUCAUGCUGCAUACCAACGGAGAUCUCAUCGGGUAUGAAGUCGUGCACUCCAUUGAUCUACCACAAUGUCCUCCGCUCCCUAAGCCGACAGUGCGGGGUAAGAUCAUGUACGGAGUCAUCUACACUCAACGAGACGAUGGCGACGUCGACGUGUUCGUGCAGAUGCACGUUGAAACGCGCAGUCCUCUACACGAUAAACUUGUUGUAGCUGAAGUAUGGGAAUCCGUGUUGGGAUUCUGGAACGCACCAAGUUUGUCGGAGGCCAAGAAACUGCAGUGGUGCUUGAACCAGAAAAACGCCUUAUCGUGGAAGUCAGAGGUGACUUUAGACGACGACAGCAGUGGCAUCAAGGCAAGGCAUUGCGAAAACUGUCCGAACAAAAGAAGUUCGACUACGAGACGUCGCAGUACCCACCUCAGCGACCACAACACAUGCGCACUAUGCAUGGUCCAGAUAUGUUCAAGCUGCAGAGUGAAGCGAACACUCAAAGAACCGGAUGAGAACGGCAAUUUGGAUUUACACAUUGCAGUUUGUCGCGUGUGUAUGCUGUUCGUACAGCACCAAGAGCCGACCGAAAUUGCCUUGGACAACCAGAAGCAACGGGAGGCGCGACAAAAUACCGAAAGUAAGAGUGAGAAGAAGAAGCAUUCAGCGUUCGGAGGUGAAUGGGGCUUGCCGAUGUUUUCCCCUGGAAGAUAUCCGUCAAUUUCAGUGUCGGAUCUGCUCAGGAUGAUCAACUCGCUUUCCGACGUAGGUGUCAACCAAGUGCAAAGAGCAUCGAAAAGGAAGAUGCAGCCAAUUAUUCCUGUAGGUUAA